AUGCUGCCGUUGUACCCGAUCCCGCGGUUCCUGAUCCUCCGGGAGCGGGAGACCACAGCCAACGAGAUCAAGCGGUUCUUGGCCGACCAGCACUUUGACGGCGCGACGUUGUGGCGGCUGUUGAGCGCCGCCGCCGAGGACCCGGAGCUGAAGGCGUUCCUCAAAAAGCACCGGGCCACCAUCGAGGCGUUCACGACACGAACCCAGUUCCGCCGCUGGUUCUUCAUCGUCGACCGCGCCAUGGUGGGGCUCCACUUGCUGACCCAGGUCGAGGAGCGGCGCCUUUUGCUGCGGCGCCCGGCGCUCGACCGCGUCGACUUUUUCGACGCCAUCGACAAGGCCGCCGACGCCAACUACUUGAUCCACAAGUACUCGACGCCCGAGUACGUCGCCCUCUUGGCGCGGUCGGUGUUCAGCCGCUAUCCGCUGGUGCAGAAGUUUCUCCUCGACUACGUGGCGGAUCCGGCGCACCAGCACGAAGAUAUCUCGCAUAUUCUCAACCAGUUGAUGUUGGCCCUCCCGGACUUGUUGCCCCUCAGCGCCUACCAGUACGUCUACAAGCUUUAG